AUGGAUCCCCAGAACCCCAUGAAUUGGAGUGCUAUUCGCAAAUGGUCAAUCGUUGGUAUCUUAGCCUUUCUAAGUCUACUUGUUCCUUUAGCUUCGUCCAUGCUAGCACCAGGUGUACCGCUGGUUCUAGAAGAAUUUCAGACCAACAACAAUCAGCUUGCAACAUUCGUCGUUUCAGUCUUUGUGUUGGGCUUCGCCUUCGGUCCACUGAUCCUUGCACCUCUUAGUGAGCUUUACGGUCGCAAUCGUAUUUACCACGUCUGCAAUGCGCUUUUCACCAUCUUCACAAUCGCAUGUGCUCUUGCGACCAACAUAGGCAUGCUGAUUGCUUUCCGAUUCCUCGCAGGGUUCUCCGGGGUCGCUGUUCUGACGAUAGGAAGCGGUACUAUUGUUGACUUGAUGCCGCCGGAUCAAAGAGGACGGGCAAUGGCUCUCUGGUCUGGCGGACCGAUCCUCGGUCCCGUCAUCGGCCCAGUCUGUGGAGGAUUCUUGGUUGAAGCUGCUGGUUGGAGAUGGGUUUUCUGGCUGAUCGCCAUCGCGUCAGGAAUCACGACUUUGGUGUCGCUUUUUGUCCUCCGUGAGACUUAUGCACCGGAAAUACUCGAGAGGAAAGCGGCCAAACUGCGGAAAGAAACUGGCAAUACAGGAUACCAAUCCAAACUGAAGAAGCCAGGAUCCUCAAAGAAGCUCUUUGCCACCGCCAUCGUCCGGCCACUACGAAUGCUCUUAUUUUCGCCAUUAAUUACGAUCUUGUGCACGUAUGUGGCAAUACUAUAUGGCCUUAUGUACGUUCUUUUCACGACGUUUACAUUUGUAUUCGAGGAACAGUAUGGUUUUGGUGCCCAGAGUGCUGGCUUGGUCUUCAUUGGAGGCGGUGUUGGCAAUAUACUUGGCCAACUGCUUGUUGGUAUUCUAUCAGACAAGAUGAUCAAGGCGAAAAAAGCAAAAGGUCAGGAGCCUCAACCAGAAAUCCGGCUUAGUCUUUUGAUUACGGUACCUUCUGGGCUGGCGUUACCACUGGGUCUGAUUAUGUAUGGAUGGACGGCCGAGAAAGAGCUCCAUUGGAUGGCACCGAUUGUCGGCACAGGUAUCAUGGGAUUUGGAAUGAUGGGUCUCUUCAUGAGUAUUUUGACUUACCUUGUCGACGCAUUUCAAGCCCAUGCAGCUUCAGUAACUGCAGCCAAUGCUGUGUUGAGGAGUGUUCUAGGAGCGGUCCUUCCACUCAUUGGCCUGCAGCUUUACGAUCGACUGGGCUUGGGUUGGGGAAACACUUUGCUUGGCCUGAUCUUGCUGGCUUUUGCCCCUGUGACUUGGAUAUUGGCGAUUUAUGGCAAUCGUCUCAGGAUGCACCCAAAGUUCGCCAGAGAAUUCUAA